GACUGGAGUGAGUUUGUAUAGUCCCCAUGUCCUCUCCACACCGUGCUACACAAAGACCCCAAUUUUGGGGGGUUCACGUAAGCUCGACUUACACAACGGCAACAACAGUGCUCUCUCCUUCAGUUCGCUACUCUCUUCUCGUUCUCUUCUCCUGGCCUAGGCCCUCAACUCCGGCAACCCAAUCUUGAUGACCUACGACUUGGUGGCCGUCGAGCCCAUGAACCAGUCCGCUUUCGAUCAGGCAUGUGAGAAAAAUUAGAGUUGACGAGUCGCUUCAGCUAUGGAGGCGAUGGUGAAGAAAUACCAGCAGAGGUUCAGGAAGGUUAGGGACGAGAUGGAGACCUGGGCCGAGCUUCAAUCUCUCUUGACUUCACAGUUCAGAAAUGCCUCCUCCAUCAUCCAGAGGUUGCAGGUGCUUCAAGAUUCAAACAACUAUGGUGAGGGCUUGCGUGGAGUUGCCCAUCUUCAAGAAGCCGUGCUGCUGAAGCAGAUGGAGUCUUUGCAAAAGCUCUUGCUUUCUAUGAACAAUACCUUGGAACAGUUUCAUGGUAUUGUGUUGUCUCUUGGGAGGAUUCAUCGUGACGGUAGGCAGAUGAUAAAAGGUGGGUCUAGUCAGCUGAGUUUCAAACAACUGCAGCAGCGAGUUGGUGUGAAACCGAGUCUUGCAGAUUGCGUAGAUGGGCUCAUGCUUCUUCAGGACAUGCAUUGCUCUGAGUACCUUUUAAAGUCAUCACUGGUUUCAGCACUAUCAGAACUUACAUCGAAACCCAGUGCCAGCGAUCUGGGUUCCCUCCAGCAAAUCUUGAUUGAUCAGCCCAACAUCCCCAAGGAGGAAGUUCAGUUCAUCUUUGAUAUCAUAUUUGCUGAAGAAAUUUGUUGAUCCUUUUUUUGUGAAAUGAGCUGCGAAUUUUCCUAGCAGAAAUGGGAACCAUUUUGAAAGCAGGAACCGCUAGGUUUCAAAAAGCGAUGAGGAAAGGAGUGACAGUUGGAUUCUUAUAUUCUGGUACUGAGAAAGUGAGAAUUCCAAUGGUGCUAGCAACAUUCGUCCCUAGAAGUGCACAAGACGAAGACGAGCAAUCUUGAAAAAUCAAAUUUACCAGUAAUUUCAAUGCAAACGAUUUGAUCGCUUAGAAUGCAAGGAGUUAGUCUUCUUGUGUUAACUCAAGUGAGAAGGAAAAUUUGUUAUUUUUCCUUUCUUCAUCGAGUCCUGGUCACUUUGACCAAUAGAGCUUUCCAUUCAAUGAAAUUUGUGCUGUACGAUUAUUUCUACUCAAGGCCAAAAGCUCCAAAGCUGUUUGAUUUG